UCCAAACCCAAAAAUUUAGUCACAACAAAUAUAUAGUAGCAUAAUAUAAUGGGAUCCAAAUCAAUUCUAGUUUUCUUAAAGUUCAUGUUUUUUGUCAUUGCACAAGCUGAAGUUUUUGAUGUCACCAAAUUUGGUGCCAAACCAGAUAAGGAAAUUAGCUCGGCUUUGAAAGAGGCAUGGGCCGCCGCAUGUUCUGCAUCUAAUCCAAGCACAGUUCUGGUUCCAAAAGGUCGAUUUCCCUUGACCGUGGUCGAGUUUAAGGGACCAUGCAAAGCUCCUAUCGAGGUUAAGAUCGAUGGAAUGUUGGUAGGUCCGGAAGAUCCUGUUGUCAUUCCAAAAGGACUGCAAUGGGUCACAUUUAGCUAUGUCACUUCCUUGACAUUAUCAGGUUCGGGUACAUUAGAUGGGCUUGGAGCAGCCAUGGCAUGGGCACUAAACGAUCCUGCAACAACUGCUAAAAAAGGAUCACCCCUUCAAUAUAACCUUAGCUUCAACUUCAUCAAGAAUUCUUUGAUUACUGGUAUAACUUCAAAGGACAGCAAGAAUUUCCACGUCAACUUGUGCUCAUGUACAAAUGUAACGUUCGACAAAUUCAAUGCCAUUGCACCUCCAGGGAGUCCAAACACAGAUGGAAUUCACAUAGGGUGGUCAAAAGACAUCACAAUCAAGGAUUCCAAAUUUGAAACCGGUGAUGAUUGUGUGUCAAUCGGUGAUGGAUGUGAGAACUUGCACAUUGAAGGAGUGAAAUGUGGUCCGGGUCAUGGUAUUAGUGUUGGAAGUUUGGGUAAGAACGCUGGUGAGAAACCCGUAAAGGGAGUUUUUGUGAAAGAUUGCACAUUUACAUCCACAGAGAACGGCGUGAGGAUCAAAACAUGGCCCGAUUCUCAGCCUGGAGAGGUUGUUGAUAUGCAUUUUGAAGAUCUUACCAUGGAUAAAGUUAAUAACCCUAUUAUUAUUGAGCAAGAUUAUUGCCCUCAUGUCCAAUGCAAGAAAGAGAAUCCAUCAAAGGUUAAGGUUCACGAUAUUUUCAUUAAGAACGUCAAGGGAACUUCAAAUUCGCCAGAAGUAGUAAAGCUAAGAUGCAGCAAGGCCAAUAAUGGAUGUGAGAAUGUGCAUAUUACAGACAUUAAUUUGACAUAUGACGGACCGUCAGGCCCUGCAAUUCAAGAAUGUCACAAUGUGAAGCCAGUAUAUGCCGGGGAAAUUGUUCCUCCGGGUUGCAAAGCAGCUGCAGCAGCUUGAUUUUGAGUUUCAUGGAGUUAGUUUGUUAAUAUUAAGUCAUGUUCUUGAUUCUGGUUUGGACCA